AUGUGCCCAGGAAUCCAGCCAGGACCGAAAGCGUGCCAUAUGAAGCAGAAACCAUUAGGGUAUGACAAGCAUAAGGCAUUGGAGUUAGGGAUUCCUAUUGAGCAGGUUAAAACCAAAAGGAAGUCGAGAACUCCUAGGGUUUCAGAGGAUGAUCAACCCAAGUCGAAAAGACAAAAGCGAGAAAAACACUCCUCUCGGAGUAAGGCAAAGAAGGAAGAAGCCACUCCACCUGUUCCAAUUCCUCCUAAAUCUCCUCAAGAGAAGAAAGAUCCUACUCCACCGCCAGAAACAAUCGUUGUAAAGAAUUCAUUCGAAGAAGACAAUCUGGUUCUCUCUAGAAUCAUCAAAAAGGGUCACUUUCGGUCUCCUGUCAAGCCUAAACCUUCCCCGAAGGAACUCUCUACACCGAAAGUAGCAGACACGAGAGAAGCACCUCCACAGGGGGAAGAAGUUCUAAACGAAGCUCUUUCUGAGGGGGAAGCUCAACCGAAAGCUGUUCUUUCUGAAACUCUCUAUGCUGAUCAAGAUCCAAAAACAUAUCUCGCUUCGUCUCAAGUCCUACAUCCACAAGAACCUACUUUGGCAGAGCAACUUCUUCGUGAGUUGACACAAGAACCUGCUGAUGUAGAAAUGGAGGCCAGUCGCUUAAGUCUUCCACAAGAACCUGGUUCGCCAGAAAAGACGAGAGGAGCAACUGCUGAAUUGGUUGAUGAGAUAUCUCUGCCACAAGAACCUACCAAUGCAGAGCAGGUUAAUCUGACACAAGAACCUGCGUUGGUAGAAGAGACAGCUGUUGUACCGGUCGUAACUCCCGUUAUCCCGAAUCUCUCUGUUCCAGCUACCAAAGCACCAACACCAGAUCAGAUUCUCCGAGCAUCCAUUGAAAGCGAUUAUCAACGAGUUCUGCAGUGGCAAAAGUGGCGCACUGCUCCUCUAAGAACUUUUCUUGAAACCUUUGAAGCUAUGCAAGACGAGGAAGACUUUGCACUAAAAUGGGUUGGCACGGAAGAUGUUUACAAAGCUCUGCCCACCAUUGGAUCCAACCGUGGAAGAAGAAAUGAAGCAACUUCGAAAGAAGACGAAAGUGAUGAGAAUGAAGAAGAAGAUGAUGAUGAUGUUGACGAUGCCGAUGACGAGCAUGAUGACAACGAUGAUGAUGAUGAUGACAAUGAUGAUCAGCUGGGUAAUGCAGAUGUUCAGGAAGCCGAUCCCGAAGACAGUGAUCCAAUUUUGAUCGGUCCUGAUUAUGAUACUUUUCCACAAAGAUCUCCCUUAAGGAAACUACCUUCUGACAGUGAUGACCCGAAAGAAGCUUCAAAUGAACAUCCCGAAGAUUUGUCUCGUGCCAUAGUUCCACAUGUCCAACUCAUGGACGAGACUUCGAUCAACAAAAGAGAAAGAAAUUGUGCGUGA